CUCACGCACGCGCGCGCACGGCGGCCGGCGGCCAUGGGUCAUCACCAGCUAGAGGACCCUCUGGUUCCUGGGAUGGCGCCGACGGCUACCCGCCUGCUCGCCGUCGGAGGAGACACCACCAAGCUAGGCCUCCUGGUCACCAACCUUCGCCUGCGAGGCUACCAAGUGACGAGUAGCACCGAUCCGGCGGCGGCCAUGGCAGGGCUGCGCCAGGACGGACUGCAGAGCUUCAACUUCGACGUCGUGAUGGUCGACACGGACUCGGAAUACCCCGGCAGAGCGCGGGCCGCCCUGAAUAAGCUCUUUGAGUGGUUUGCCGUCCGCGAGCCGCUCCUUUGCGCAUACGGUAAUUAACUAGUUGAAUGCCCGUGCGUUGCCACGGCUGCUACUGUGUCUUUCGAUAUGUUUUUGAGUCUUGAUACAGAGAACCAAUCUGUGGUUGGAUGGUUAGGACGGCAGUGACACCCUCAGCCCAUCAGAGUUCAAAUCUCAGAUUUAACAUUUUGGCAUCUCAUUAAAAAAGCCGGAAUAUUGUUCGGUGGGAGGCAACGUUCCCGUUAACGGCGAGGUGUCCAUGGUGACUUCGUCAAUGUGAAGACCCGCUGGAUCAAUUUCUUGGACCUAGUCUCUCGGAGGUGCUCAUAGGGUAGGGUGUGCGUGCGUGCGUCCAUAUGAUUCAGUGUAUGUAUGUAUGUGUGCGUGCAUUUGUUUGUACUGUGUUUUUUUUCCGAAAAAACGUCUUGAAGCAACGUUGCAUCGUGUUUUAUGUUGGUGUUUUUUCAAAACA